AACCAUACCACCCGUGUGAAAAAAAUAUAUGAAUCGAAAAACAGCGUGAGAAUUUCAAUUCUAGGGUUUGAUCUAUUCAGUCACAAUCUCUCUCGAAUCAAGAAAUCUCGAAUCAACAAUGGCGUUGAGAAGAUUCUACAACGAAAUCAAAGGAAAGAAGGUAACAGAGGUUCCUGAACAUGUGAAACCAAUGCUUUCAUUCGAUUACAUAAAGAAUUCAAUCAAAAGAGGUUUGGAUAAUUACGCUGAAAAGUACAUCGAAACUGGUUCUCCUCAACCUCUUCUCCAUGUCUGUUAUGGUGGUAUGAUCUUCUCUUACCUUGUUGCUCUUCCUAAUGAGCGUCGUCAUCUUGCUCAUAAAGAGCAUGCUGAAUCUCAUCAUUGAUUCAGGAUCCUGAUUGUUUGUUUGGAGAUGGUUGGUUUGCUCGAUCUUUUUGUUUUAAAAAUUGAAAAAUGAAGGCAGAGAGUUACUGUCAGCUUCAAUGUAUUUCAUCGUCUAAAAUAAGUUCUAUUUGAUACAUACAUUCAAAUUUCUUGUACUUUUAAUGUUGUUGAAUGUGUGAAAAACAUACUUGUUCA